GGCCUGGGGCUGCGCGAGCGCGAGCGCGAGCGCGAGCGCGGAAUUUGUGGCUGGACACCAAGAUGCCAGGAGAACAACAGACAGAGGAAGAGGAAGAAGAGAUGCAAGAGGAGAUGGUCCUGCUGGUGAAGGGUGAGGAAGAUGAGGGUGAGGAGAAGUAUGAAGUGGUGAAACUCAAGAUCCCCAUGGACAACAAGGAGGUCCCGAUCGAGGCCCCAGCGCCAUCUGCCGAUCCAGCACGCCCACACGCGUGCCCAGACUGCGGCCGUGCUUUUGCACGCCGCUCCACGUUAGCCAAGCAUUCGCGCACACACACGGGCGAGCGACCCUUCGCAUGCACCGAGUGUGGCCGGGGAUUUUCUCAGAAAUCGGCUCUGACAAAACACCGCCGCACGCACACCGGCGAACGGCCCUACAAGUGCCCCGAGUGCGACAAGCGCUUCUCGGCUGCCUCGAACCUGCGGCAACACCGGCGGCGCCACACUGGCGAGAAGCCUUACUUAUGCACUCACUGCGGUCGCCGUUUCGCGCAGAGCUCCAACUACGCACAGCACCUGCGCGUGCACACAGGCGAGAAGCCGUACGCUUGCCCAGACUGCGGACGUGCUUUUGGUGGCAGUUCGUGCCUGGCGCGCCACCGACGCACGCACACGGGCGAGCGGCCAUACGCAUGCGCUGACUGUGGUACGCGCUUCGCGCAGAGCUCUGCGCUGGCCAAGCACCGGCGUGUGCACACUGGAGAGAAGCCGCACCGUUGUGCCGUGUGCGGACGCCGUUUUGGCCACCGCUCUAACCUGGCGGAGCAUGCCCGCACGCACACAGGCGAGCGGCCCUACCCCUGUGGUGAAUGCGGCCGGCGAUUCCGCCUCAGUUCACACUUUAUCCGGCACCGUCGCGCGCACAUGCGGCGCCGCCUCUACAUCUGUGCUGGCUGUGGCCGAGACUUCAAGCUACCCCCGGGAGCUACAGCCGGCACUGCCACGGAACGCUGCCCAGAGUGCGAGAGUAGCUGAGCGCCUUUGAGGUCCUGUUCCCAUGGGGUGCCAGUGCCCAGCGUGCCCGUGUUCCUGUUCCGACUCCGAGGGUUGCAACCCUUAGGGGCAGUUAACCUGGGUGACUACUCCCCGCCACUCUGGUCUUGGAGAGGGUGGAAUGGCAGGCCUUGCUGGACGUUGGAGACAUGCGGAUCCCUGCAAACCGUGCCCACUUCUUCUCACUACAAAUCCUCAGCCCAUGUUAGUAAAUGAAGUAUUAUAUCCUCACCCAACCCAUGCCUGUGAAUGAGGUGGGUGGGGGAAGGAGCAAAGUUGGGGAUUUCCCCAGGCUGGCCGACUUAGGUGAAUUGUCAUGGAACCAAGCGGGGCUAUAAACCCAAAAGGGUUCCAGUACCGCUUUUGUGUGUGUGGUCAUAUAUGGAAUGGUCCACAAAUAUAGCACAGUUGUGAUCAAACAGGCACUACACUCAGAGUGUUGGUGAAAUACCAUGACAUCAUGGAACUCUGUGUGUAGUGGACAGACAAUAGUACU